AUGCACGAUCUACCUGAAGACGCAGCAAGUGUUGUAAAUACACAGAUGGAGAAGCUUUUAUCUACUGUCUUGCAUUCGCAAGAGAUUGACAACUACAUGGUGCUGGGGUUAAUGCGGUCCAUGCAGCACGAGGACGCGUGUCACGCGUUUCGGAGACAACUUUCUCGCGAACAUGUGACGGAAGAUUAUAACUGUUUCCAGCAGUAG